AUUUGCCAACAGUGGAUCGUCAACUUUCGCCCGAAAAAGAUCGACUGUGCGCAGUGCUGUUGAGACGUUUGUUGUGAAAAUAAAACUGCGAACCAUGGAUAUCAACGGCAACACAAAGCAUCAGUUCCCGUACAAGAUAGAGUUUGUUGAUGAUAUCGUCAAUUUGAAGCUGUUGGCACAUUUUCACGGCGAAAAAACGGGCUUCGUUCAGGUGGGUGACGACAAAUGGUUCUUUCCCAGCAAAUAUGAACAAGCGGCCGAACACUUCUAUGGCUUCGAGGCGAGAUCCAGUGAUGUUUGGGUUGCAUCGUUCCCGCGAUCCGGAACUACGUGGACACAGGAAAUGGUUUGGAUGAUUUGUAACAACCUGGACGCCCAGGCAGCACGUAGUGAGCCGCUUACCAAACGAUUUCCGUUCUUUGAGUUCCACAUCUUCAUGCACGAUCUGAUGAAGGAAGAGUUUUUAUCCGAAAACCAGCAUCCAGCGACCAGACAGUUUAUUGACGAAAUUUCGAAGCCAGCGUACGAACUGUUGGACGCGGCAACCGAGCGGCGCUUCAUAAAAACUCACUUUCCAUUUUCUCUUUUGCCACCGAGCAUAUUCAAAAGCGGCGCUAAGGUGAUAUACGUCGCGAGAAAUCCCACCGAUGUAGUGGUUUCCUACUAUCACCUCAACAGACUGUACCGCACCCAGGGCUACGUCGGCGACUUUGCACACUUCUACGAUUACUUCGAGCGCAACCUAACGCCAUGGUCCCCGUACUGGACUCACGUGAAGCAGGGAUGGAAGGCACGUCACUCACCGAAUGUGCUGUUUAUGUUCUACGAAGACAUGAAGGCUAACCUACCGAAAACCAUCAGACGCGUGGCCGAAUUUCUGGACAAACGCCUGACCGACGAUGAGGUGUCCCGUCUAAGCGAGCAUCUGAGUGUGGAGAGUUUCAAGAAGAAUCCGUCUAUCAACGGAGAAGAACUUACCGCGGCUCGAAUACUGAACACCGACGUGCAGGGCUUCAUUCGGAACGGGCAGGUGAAUUCGACCGAGAAGGAAAUGACGCCCGAAAUAAUGGAACGCAUUCGUGUGUGGACCGAGGAGAAUCUGCGCGGGAGUGAUUUUAAGUUCCCCUGUUUGUGAAAAGUGUACAAGUAUUGUUGAUAAUUGUUUAUGUUUUUAUUAUUAUUAUUUGUUGAGAAUAUAUUAACUCCACAAUGUUUCGAUUAAUGGUGACAACUUUU